AAAGACGCAUAUCGUGGACUUGUUUGCGAAAUACCCAAUUGCUUCGGAGAAGAAGAAGAUCGAGAGAGAAACCCUAAACACCAUGGAUAUCCUGAAGCAAGAAUUGAUGAAGAAGCGGCAGAGCCUGUCGCAAGACGUCGGAGGCAGGAAAUUCUUCAAACGAUCUGAAAUCGAACAGAAACGAAUCCAAAGGCUCCGAGAGGAAGAAAAGCGCGAAUCAGAAGCCAAAGCUCAAAAACAACAGCAACGGCAAGGUAAUCAACAACACAACUCCUCUCUCAAUUCCGCAUCAAACCCUAAUUCCAAUUCCGAAACCUCCAAAUCCAAGGCCGAGUCCGCCAAUUCUUCAUCUUCCAAAGCCCUAACCGACGAGCAGAAGAUCGACGAACUCAAUCUCCCCAAGCAAGAAGUUAUUCGCCGCCUCCGAUUGCUCAAACAACCGGUCACGCUGUUUGGGGAAGACGAUGAGGCGAGACUUGAUCGGUUGAAGUACGUGUUGAAGGCUGGGAUGUUUGAGGUUGAUGAUAGCGAUAUGACUGAAGGGCAAACGAACGAUUUCUUGCGCGAUAUUGUAGAGUUGAAGAAGAGCAGAAAUUCGGGGUUUUUGAGCGAUCGGAAGAUGGAAGCCGAUUGGAAGUAUGGGGGGGAGGAUAAGGAGGGAGGCGGCGGGGAUGAGGAUAUGAGUGGGGAUGGGAAUUCGUCGGGUGGUGUGGAUCAUGAUAAGGAUUUGAAGCGGAUGAAGUCGAAUUUCGACGAUUUGUGUGAUGAAGAUAAGAUUCUUGUGUUCUUCAAGAGACUGUUGAUUGAGUGGAAGCAGGAGCUUGAUGAGAUGGGUGAGGCGGAGAAGAGGACGGCUAAAGGGAAGUCCAUUGUUGCGACGUUUAAGCAGUGUGCUAGGUACUUGAAUCCAUUGUUCAAGUUCUGCAGGAAGAAGGUUCUUCCGGACGAUAUUCGGCAGGCAUUGAUGUUGAUGGUCGAGUGCUGCAUGAGGCGAGACUACUUGGCUGCAAUGGAUCAUUACAUCAGGAUGGCUAUUGGAAAUGCACCUUGGCCUAUUGGAGUUACUAUGGUUGGUAUCCACGAACGUUCAGCGCGUGAGAAAAUCUACACCAAUAGUGUUGCCCACAUUAUGAAUGAUGAGACGACUCGCAAGUACCUGCAAUCGGUCAAGAGAUUGAUGACAUUUUGCCAGCGGCGGUAUCCAACAAUGCCAUCCAAGGCAGUCGAGUUCAACAGCUUGGCAAAUGGUAGCGACUUACACUCGUUGUUAGCAGAAGAGAGGUCUUCUUCUUCUGGAGCAUCUAAUCAAGCCUCGGAUGAAAUACUUCGGCUAAUGUCGGCACCAAAGGAUAUAAUGUGAUGGUCUCUGAUGGAGUCAAUUUGAACUGGGUGUUGUGCUUAAUGCACUUUUAUGUGUGCUAUAUAUAUUAUGGUCAAGUUCUGUGUUCCAAGCUUGGUUGCUUAAACCUUGUUUGCAUGGCAACUAGGGAAAGGAAUGUUUGGAUGGCACAAGUAAUAUGUGAUAUUGACUGUUAACACUUAUUUUUCUUUUUCUUUUAAUCAUGAGCUUUGAUUAGUUAAGUUUGUUUGGGCUUU